AUGCGUUGGCGAAGAAAUAUUUUUAUUUUCCUCGUAUCAUGCCUUCAGAUUUUCCUUUUUGCAAGUGUUUUUUAUCUUUUUAGGAAGUGCUUCAAAAAAUCGGACUUAACUACUAAAGGAGUAGUAACAGAAAUUGGUCAAAGGGAAACGGGUCCUUCAUCCAAAAUGGUGCAAGCAGCAUACGACAAGAUGUCCUCGUUAGUUCACUUUCCGACGCAAAAGCAGACAUUAAACCUAAGUGGAAGUGUUGACAAGAACGAAACGGGUACGUUUUUAAGAGCGGAGGCGGAUAAUACUUUAAGGGAAGAGAAUGAAAUUUAUCUUAUGAGGAGGAAACACAAAAAGACAAGAUUAAAACUCAUCGUAGCCAUUCUCAGCGCACCGAUACGAUUUGAUCGACGGGAAGGGAUACGACGAACUUGGAUGAACCAAUGUUCAUCGGAAGAAGUCGUAUGUCGUUUCUUUACCGAUAGCUUAUUCGACAUGGAACCGAACGUGCGAAGUGUUCUUGUAAACGAAAGCAACCAAUACGGCGAUCUGGAAUUUAUGCCAAUUCCCAAGGGAUAUAACUUCGGACUUCGGCUGUUAUGGUUGAUGGAAUGGUCUGCGGAAAGAUAUGAGUUUGACUUCUUCUUGAGAAUGGACGAUGAUUACUUCGUCUGCUUAAAAAGACUGUUGUUCGAGAUCCCCUUCAGGCCUCAGAAAAGGUAAGAACAUACUUACACCUAGACUGACUUGCUAUGCAAUACGAGGAUUUUCGGUGUAACUUAGACUCCCACCUAGUUUAGUAGUUAAAAUAGGUUCUUGUUUACUUGUUCACAGCUGUUACAUUAUUAUAUGAGAGUACAGUGCUUUCCUCCCGGUAUGUUAGCAAACCAUAGAGUUAAUGAUUUUGUAACAGCAUACGUUAUCUUGUGAAUGAACCGUAAACGAUUGAAUCAUUUCAUGUACGUUUAUCUCGUAAACGAUUCUGAAUUCCCCUUGGCAAGAAAGUCAAGUAACUUGUCAUAGUUAUAAAAACUAUUUUCCUCGAAAAAUCCAUCACUUGAAUCCUCAAAUUUUAGGAGAUGAUUUGCGUUGAAGGUGUUAUGAACGCUGGUUUUAAAUAAAUCAAAUUUUCUAUAGACGGAGCAUAUGAAGUGGAGAAAAUAAUCCAAAAUUUCUAUAUCAAACAGGAACAGGUACCAGCCAAUUUCCUAGGUUGUGUUUACUCUUUCCGUUGAUCUCUUGAGCUUUUGAUCGCAGAACGGGUACUUGAUAGAUUUGUUUUGACAAUAUAAAAGUAAUAAAAUUAGAGAGAUACUGAAAAAAUAUUAAGCUCUCAUCUACUUCAAGAGACUAAGAGAGAGAACAAGAACUGGGUCAUUUCAUAUCCUCUUACACUAAGCCGUAAUCGCUCUUACGACUCAAACUAACUAGACUCAAACCCAUUAGUCCAAGUCGUCUUCAAAACGUGUGCGGCGCUCAAGUCUGGAAGAAAGGCUCCCAUGCUGACCGGGUCGUUUAAUUGCGCCUUUGAAGACGACAGGGAGUGAGUUAGUGAUUAGCCGCAAUAAUCUGGCGCUGUCAAAAAGCUCCCAAAAGAGGGUUCAAGUGUUUCUCAGAGCACACAAAAUCACUCGAAAAGGGCCCCGAAUAGUUCUUAGGUCUUUUGAGAACCGCGUAGACCUCUUUUCCUUUGCUUAGCACUUACAAGUUUUUACUGUGAUUUCCAAUUUGCGUUUUUUAUACAACAAUCCCUUCAUAAUGAAGGUUGUAGCCAAUCAUGUUUUUUUUCCCAUACUUUUAGACUAUAUUGGGGUUAUGUUCACUGUGAAGUGGAAGGACUGGUACGAAUAGACGAGGGUUUCCUCCUUUUAUCAGAAGACUUGGUAUUGGAGUUUACGCGCAAGAGAAAUAAGUUGCUUUGUCAUCCGUUCGGUGAUCAAACAGUCGCGAUAUGGAUGAAUGAUGUUAAAAAUGUUAUUUUCUUUCACGAUCCUCGAAUAUUUCACGACGUAUCCGCGAAAGUUCCCGAGUUCAAGUCUUUUGAUAAAAUGUGUUUGAAGUACAUCAGUCUGCAUGGAUCUUAUUUGCACGAAAUGUUGCUCUAUUGGGAGACCUCUUCAAAAGAAAACCAUUCUACCUUUUGGGUCCCUUCCAUUCAGCCAAUCAGUAACCUAUGUCCAUUAAGCACGCGUUUUGAUUGGCGGGCCAUGGGAGGCCCUCCUUAUGGUUAUGAACCAAAACCGUGCGUGCUGAAACCUCUCUGGGACAUUGGAAGCAUGCAUCGAGGAAGGAACAUGAUGUAA